AGUUGCGUGCAGUCAGUGGAGUCAGCAACAGCAGUGCGACCGGAUCGCGAUGUGGAAUCCCGUGCAGAUCCUGUGCCUUAUCCCGGUGUUCGCGGUGGCCUUGCUAGUGGGAAUCGCGGGAGUGACCUCCUAUCCCAUCUCAUCAUCCACCGCGUCCCCAGCGAUCUCGGCGAACGAGCUCGAUGCGCCACUCGAUCUGGAAGGAUCCCCGAUUGAUCUGACGACCACCACCAAGAAGACGACGACGACGACGACGACAACCGAGAGGAUCCCGGUGUUUAACCGGAACCGGGUGUCGCUGGAAGUGGCCUCGGAUCUCUUCUCCUCCUCCACCAGCGUGGCGCUCGGGCUGAGCAACAUGCUAGGCAAUAUGGUCCGGCGUACGUCGGUGCGUAUCGCCCAGCUGGUGCGCCUGUUCCAGCCCCUGUUCGGUUACCAUCUGAUGAUCGACGUACCGAAGGAGCUGGACACCUGAAAAUCUCUUCUCCUCCUCCUCCUCCCGUUCCUUCCGUGAAGCAACUCCUCUAGUAGAGCUACUACUUUGUUGUGCUACUUUUGAGCUAACCAUCAUUAAUAAGAAUAAUUUAUUCAAGUGU